GGCGGCGGGCGGGGGCGGGCCAUGGCCCUGCUGCUGUGCCUGGGCCUGAGCGCGGCGCUGGCCCGCGGCUGCCUGCACUGCCACGGCAAUUUCUCGGAGAAAUUUUCCUUUUACCGCCACCACGUGAAUCUCAAGUCCUGGUGGGUGGGCGACAUCCCCGUGUCCGGCUCGCUGCUCUCCGAGUGGAGCCAGGACACCAUGAGGGAGCUGCACCUGGCCAUCCCCGCGGAGAUCACCCGGGAGAAGCUGGACCAGGUGGCCAGCGCCGUGUACCAGAGGAUGGAUCAGCUGUACCAGGGGAAGAUGUAUUUCCCGGGGUAUUUCCCCAACGAGCUGCGGGCCAUCUUCCGGGAGCAGGUGCACCUCAUUCAGAACGCCAUCAUCGAGAGCCGCAUCGACUGUCAGCGUCACUGUGGCAUCUUCCAGUAUGAGACUAUCUCCUGCACCAACUGCACGGACUCGCAUGUCGUCUGCUUUGGCUACAACUGCGAGUCUUCAUCUCAGUGGGAAAAGGCUGUGCAAGGCCUUCUUCUUUACAUAAAUGAGUGGCACAAAGAGGACACCAACACAAGAACCACCCCGGCCUUCCUGAUGUCACCAAGCCUCACGUGUCUAGAGCCCCCACACCUGACCAACCUGACUCUGGAAAAUGCCUCCGAGUGCCUGAUGCAGCACUGACGGCCACACAUGCAGGGCGAGGACGCCACAGGACUGAACCAGCCAAGCAAACCCACUGCCACAUUGGGUCCCCCAAACCUUUCUGAGAGCUGGUGGGCAGGGCAGCAACGAGGGUUUGUACAUAUUGACACGGGGGAAUAGUUGGCAGAGCUAUUUAAUGGAAUGAUUAAAUGUCUCUGACAU